CCUCCUCCUGGUGCAUCUUCGCCGGGAAACCGUCUGAAUUUCAUUCAACUCAGUGGGAAGCGACAGGCUACAUGCACGGUACAGAAAGAUGGCCUCACCAAGGACAAUAACUAUCGUGGCCCUCUCUUUUGCUCUGGGUUUGUUUUUCGUGUUUAUGGGAACCAUUAAGCUCACCCCGAGACUAAGCAAAGAUGCAUACAGUGAAAUGAAAAGGGCAUACAAGAGCUACGCCAAGGCAUUGCCAGGCCUGAAAAAGAUUGGGAUCAGCUCAGUUCUGCUUCGUAAGAUCAUUGGCUCUCUGGAGGUGGGCUGCGGUGUGGUUCUCACCCUUGUGCCAGGCAGGCCAAAGGACGUGGCCAACUUCUUGCUGCUGCUGGUCAUGCUGGCCGUCCUGUUCUUCCACCAGCUAGUAGGAGACCCCCUGAAGCGGUACGCCCAUGCUCUAGUCUUUGGUAUUCUGCUCACCUGCCGACUUCUUAUUGCCCGCCAGAGUGAUGACCGGCCAGAGAGAGAGGACAGCAGAGAGGAACAGCACAUGAAUGACCAGGAAAAGAACAAGGUCAAGCAGUCUUAAGAUCUUCUUCCACUUUGGUCCGAGCCACAGCAAAGGGAACCUGGUGCGCCUCUAUGGAUUGUAGUCAUUCAAAUUUUGAAGGAAACAGUCACUUCCAGUAAUAAAAGCCCUCACACAUCCCCCGUCCAAUCCAGCUGGCUGACUGAUUCCUCUCACCUACUCCUCUGCACUCUUAAUGUGAAACUGAGAACUCCUGAUCCAUACAUCCUCUACAUAACUGUGGACAAUCAUACCUGUGGAAACUGAUGAUCUCAGCUCAUUGUCACAAUAGUCAAUCCAUUUUCCCUAUUUAUUUCAGUCCAACUGUGUCUGUGUUUGUGUUUUAACUCAAGUGUGAAUUUCAAUUAUGUUGAUUUGAGAAUGCUAUUUUUCAUGAAAGAAUCUUUGUAGCUCGUUUUUCUAAUUUGUUUUUAUACUGUAGGUGUGAGAGACUGAUAAUUUAUGAAUUUCGGUAGUUCAAGCAUGUUUCAUUUGGUCAAGACAAUAGAACAUAAACCAAAAGGAGCACUGUUGAAAGAAUUUUGUACUAAUCAUACAUGAACUAGUAUUACAUAUCCACAUCUUAUUUUGGUGCAGUGUUAUCAGAAGGCUAUUUUGGAAAGAAAGAAUAUAUUAAUCUUUGUUUCAGUUUUCAUCUCAAUAGAUUUGUGCAGAAGUACGCAUGAAAUCCUUUUUCCUGAAGUAAAAUAAGCUGAAUAGCCUUUUUCCUCCUUUCAGUUCAGUUAUAACAUUGAAGUUGUUUUGCUGGGAAGGACAGCAAGUGCUGCCUCAGGUGUCUGCUGCUAGCUUGCACAGCAGAACAUAACCAAAUCAAUGAAGUCUUUUUGCUUGUUAAAAAUGGAAUUUUACCUUUUGUAAUUCACAGUUGAAAUCUUAAACCUAUCCACUGUCUGUUAACGGUUCUACUCAUCCGUUUGGUUUUAUUUUUCUCUGUAAAGAUAUAAAAAUUAUUCCUUUUACAGUUUUGCUUUGGGGAUAAAACUCUGUCAGUUUUGAGAUUUCACAAUAUUUCUGUAAAUGAUGUACUUAAAAUAAAGAA